UAGGAAAUGCACUAUAAUAUAAUGGGACUGCUAAAAACGAACCAUUUUUUUCUUAUUUGAGUCUCAAACUGACUUUUUUCUCCAAUUUUCGCCAUUUUUCCGAGCAUAAAUUUCAAUAAAAUGCGCUUUUAAUUGUCCUUAAUGCGCAUUUUUUGCCAGUUUCUAGCUUGAUUUAACACUCGGGAUAUCAGCUCGACAUUUUUAAGGAAAAUCAGUCAAGCUUUGAAAGAACAUUUUUCAUUUUUUUUCCAUCAUUUAAGGGGGUAUAAUCGAAACGACCCGGCUAGUAUAACUUUCGAUUUUUUGGUCCUUCGGCGAUGGUAGGUAUUUCCCUCCAGUUCUUUUCAUUUUCCAGUUUUUACAAACCCGCAUAGAAAAUGCACGGUUUUUUUUACAAAAGCUCUUUGGCACUUGAGGCAUUCUCCGAUUUGUUUAUGAUACACCUUUUUGUCAACCGACAGACUUGAAUUAGAAAUUCUUCCCGUACGGUUAAAGUGUCAUUUUUAUGCUGCCAAAGUCAAAGAUCAAUAUUUCAUUAACUAUUUAUAGCAUCUUGCUCAUUCAUUACUAAAACUGUGGAUCGCAUUUCAAACCUACGUUUUUUUUCGCAUUUAGACUUGAUAUAAACUUAAUUUUUGAAAACUAGCGGUCAUUAAAAAAUUCUUACUGAAGCCAAAACAAUUAUCAAGAUAAUUACACUGAAACAGUGUAGCCAAAUUUUGUUUGCGGAGCUUUUUUGUGUUACUGUCGCUCGGGCAGCGGAUGCCUCGAGGAAAAUCUGCCAGGGCGGCGUUCUUCGCAAGAACUGCCAGCGAGCCGACGAAACAUCUGCAUGUGAAACUACGGGACAUCCAGGAUCCGAGUUUCGAGGAACAUCAUCGUCCGCUCUAUGACAUCCAGAUUGACGAGGAACUACAGAGUCCUUCGUUUCGGGACCCUGUUCACCAUCGCGUGCUGGUUAUUUACACUGGAGGCACGAUAGGAAUGUGCGAGGAGCGUCGGGGGAUGGGUCUAGUUCCGAAGCCGAACUUCCUCGGCAAGACGAUCAGUGAGUUGCCGAUGAUACACGACAAGAACUUCGCAGCUCUGAGAUCUCUCGUCAGUCCUCCAUUGCUCACAGCACAGGUGACUGGAUCGGCUAGUAUGGGCAAUGGCACUCUGUUCGUGAUGCCCGAAUCCCAACUGGGAACUCGGGUGGAGUUCGAGAUACUGGAGUACCAGCCACUCCUCGACAGCAGCAACAUGACACAGGACAACUGGUGUCAGAUGGCAAGAGACAUCAGGAAAUACUACGACAAGUUCGAUGGAUUCAUCAUCCUCCAUGGAACAGACACUAUGGCCUACACUGCGUCUGCACUGUCCAUGAUGUGUGACCACCUCGGCAAGCCGAUAGUGUUGACGGGGUCCCAGGUGCCUAUUUUUGAGCACAGGAGUGACGCGAGGGAGAAUUUGAUGGGAGCUCUUUUCUGUGCAGGACACUACUCCAUUCCAGAAGUGUCGCUCUUCUUCAAAAACACUCUCUACAGGGGGAACCGUGUGUCGAAGGUGGACUGUUCUUCUUACCAUGCGUUUCACUCUCCAAAUAUGCAACCAUUGGCAGACAUAGACAUGUAUGUGAACAUCCGCUGGGACAUCAUCUACAGGGACCCGGAACUCAAGGAGUUUUCCAUCCAGGACAAGAUGGAGCCUAACGUGACCAUGUUGCGUUUCUACCCAGGCAUGACAGUCGAACUCAUCUCCAACUUCCUCCGUCCCCCCGUGCGGGGGGUGGUGUUGCAGACAUUCGGAAGUGGGAAUGGACCAGAUGCGAGGGAGGAUAUUCUGAGGGCGUUCAAGAAGGCGUCUGACGAGGGGGUGUUGAUCAUAAACUGCACUCAGUGCUACAAGGGUGGGGUGUCCCCAGGCUAUGCAUCUGGCGUGGCGCUGAAGAGUAGUGGGGUGGUGCUUGGGGGAGACAUGACCCCGGAAGCAGCUCUGACUAAGCUGGGCUAUGUACUGGCUAAAGAUGACCUGUCCAUUGAGGAAAAGAGGGAGUUGAUGAGGCAGAAUCUGAGGGGAGAGUUGAGUGUGGAGAAUGUUGCUAGGGGAGAAAUUUCACUGCGUAACAAGCAGCAACCGCCCCCUUUGGUUCGGCUGAUAGCCGAGAACUGCGCCUCUAAAGUGAAGGGUUUUCUGAACAAACUGGCAAAUGCCCUGCAGUUGACCUCGGCACCUGAGUUAAUCGAACUGAACAAUGCAAUCAUGCCGAGUCUACUGUGUGCUGCGGCUGCAAAUGAAGACGAAGGCAAGACUUUGAGUACUCUGUUGUCGAGCAGUGAGGGCAAGAGGAGUAUCUCUUGUGCUGAUUAUGACAGAAGAACCCCGCUGCAUGUUGCAUGUUCGGCUGGUAACGAAGCCUGUGCGCGCUACCUGGUGGAGAAUGGAGCGAGUGUGCAUCUAAAGGACAUGCAUGGAGACACUCCCCUGACUUGUGCUGUGAAGAGCAAGAGUGUGGCCAUAGUGGCCAUACUGGUGCAGGCUGGGGCACACUUUCCAUACACGGAGAGCACUAAAGUGGCAAAUGGUAUCAGCAUGGCCGCUUAUUACGACGACAUACAGUUACUGGAGGCCUAUGCAGAGGCGGGUGCUGAUUUCUCACAACCAGAUGUGCACGGAAACUACGCUUUGCAUGUAGCGUGCACAAACGGGAACCACAAGUCAAUUGCACUGAUGCUGCGACGUGGAGCGGAUCCUAACUGCCGAAACCAACUCACGAACGAGACCGCCUUCGAAAUUUCGAGCCGACUUAACGAUGAAAUAGCUUUACAUGCUCUAGGAGCAAGCAGCACUUCAAACUUUCACUCAAGGUCAAACUCAUUUUCUCGAUCAAACUCAAAACUACAAAGAAGAGCUUCAAGCUUUGAAAUGUCAGGUUUGCCCGAAGAAAACAAAAGUUGCAACUUCACAAAUUAUUCGGAAGCAACUCCAAAUAGUAAUUUCAUUGGAAGUAGAAACGAAUAUGUGAACUUAGCCGAAAAUACAGAUGUGUCAAAUUUUGCAGACUUUUCUGUCACAAGUAAUUGUGACCAAUCAGAAUUGAGAGAGUCAUGUGAAAAAGAACAGCGUGAAGAUUCUUCGAUCUCAAACAGCAACUGCUGAAUUAUGUUUGUAUUGUCAAUUUUUUUGUGGGCGUGUUUUAGUAAGUUAUGUUGUAUCUUUAGUUAGAUUGAACGUGAUAUUUAAUCAGAAAUUUAAGAUUAUUGUUGAAGUAGAGUGA